AUGGUUUAUUUGAUUUUUAUAAACGAGGCUCACAAAGAGCCGACCACUCUUAACGAGUACGGUAGCCUACCGUGCAAAAACGAUUCGACAACUGCUUUAUUCGCAUUUGCUUUAUCUUUGUUGCUACCAAUUCAAGAAUAUCAAGCUAAGUGCAGUGCUUUUGGAGUCCUAUUUGCGCAACUCAUUAAGAUCAACAACGUAGGGAACGAUUCUUUUUCAAGACGGGCAAUGCUAACGUCAGAGCUGAAUCACUUUCUGUUAAUCCUUACCGCCAUUGUCACCUGUAUAGCCUUGGUAUUAGUGCUAUACAUUUACUGCCAUUAUAAAUGCGGUUUUUGUCGUCGAAAACAAAAACACUCAUCAACACUGCCAGAAGUACGAAUAACAAUGCAUAAUGAUGCAAAGAGACCAUUAUCGGUGGAUUCGCCGGAUAUUGAUUUUAUCGAUUCACGAAAUACAAAUUUGGUCUCAUCGACCGUACGAGUCUCAUCAGUGCACAAUACACCACAUCAACUCUAAGUACCUUCAUCGAUCCUUCAUAAAUCGCCUUUAUGUACAGCUUGCAAUAAUUUUGUAAUAAAUCAUAUCAUUGC